AUGCCGUCAAAUAAACCAGCAGCGUCCGAAUCGAUCCCUAUUCCUGAGCCUUUAAUCACUCGGCUGAUCAUAGCCCCGGUGCUCUUUGUCUCAUUCCUGAUAUCCUUGUUCUUCAUAGACCGCCAAACCUAUGGGAACAUCUUCGGCCAGUCGGGCAGGAAGGAUGGGUAUUAUCACUCCAACCAGCGCAAAUUAGCCAAGCGGGAAAUGGACGACGCCUUCCAGUUGCGACGGAAGGUUAUUGCCGCGUUGUGUAUAUUAGGUGCCAUGUCACUGGCACUUGUUGCUUGGGGGAUUGACUCGCUGUGGACCGUGUGGAGGGUCAGAGCGUGA